UAUUGUAGAUAUAUAGUUGAUAAUGAAUGACACUGAUGACGAUCUAUUAGACAUGACAACAAAACCAGUUUUUCCCAAAAAUGAGAAUUAUUUUCAAGAUGAUUCGGAAGAUGACCCGUUGUUGGGGGAAGGGACCGCCUCGUUUCAAGCUGUUGGCAACAACCAUGCAUCGUUCAAGAACCAAUCAGCCACACAUCUACUUGAAACAUUGAAUAGCUCCGAUGCAAAUAUAGAUGAUAUUGGGACUUAUGACGACUUUCAUACCAUUGAUUGGUUGCGUGAGAUGUCCAGGAACAGGUUACGACAUCGGCAGAUUAUUUAUCGCAAGAAGGAAUCUUUCUUCCGAACAUUGAAGGGGUUGCAUGAUGCUUGGUCAGGGUGGUUGGUGGUGUUGCUGGUGGGACUUGCUGCAGGCACAUGCGCUGGUAUUAUUGACAUUGUAACUAAAUGGUUGACGGACAUCAAACUUGGUACUUGUACGGGAAAGUUUUGGUUGAACAAGGAGUCGUGUUGUUGGAACUCGGAAACCAUAAGCGCGAGUGGAGAGAAUUGUACGGAGUGGAAAACGUGGGCGGCCAUAUUUGGGGUGGACCAUGGGAGUUCCACGACAAUAUACGCAGUAAACUACAUGUUAUACAUCGUACUCGCUUUAUCAUUUGCAUCACUUGCUGCCAUUCUUGUGAAGAUGUUUGCACCGUAUGCUUGUGGGUCGGGUAUCCCUGAGGUGAAAACCAUCCUCAGUGGUUUCAUUAUAAGAGGUUACCUAGGCAAGUGGACUUUGCUCAUUAAAUCCAUCACUGCCCCCCUGGCUGUGGCUUCCAACCUCAGCUUAGGGAAGGAGGGACCACUGGUUCAUAUAGCUGGUUGUUGCGGGAAUAUAUUCGCGCAUCUGUUUCCGAAAUAUGGGAAAAAUGAGGCGAAAAAGAGAGAAGUUUUGUCUGCUGCUGCAGCGGCGGGUGUUUCAGUUGCUUUUGGAGCUCCAGUGGGUGGUGUUUUGUUCAGCUUGGAAGAGGUUAGUUAUUACUUUCCAAUGAAAACGUUAUGGAGGUCGUUCUUCUGUGCGUUGACGGCUGCUUUUAUUCUACGUUCCAUCAACCCAUUUGGUAACUCACAUCUGGUUAUGUUCUAUGUGACAUACAACAAACCAUGGUUCCUUUUCGAACUUGUCCCAUUCGCACUGAUCGGGGCAUUAGGGGGGUUGUAUGGGGCCGCGUUCAUCCAUGCUAACCUUGCAUGGUGUAAGUUUAGAAAAACAUCCAAGCUGGGUAACUACCCCAUCAUUGAAGUAAUGGUGGUAACAUUAGUAACAGCAGCGGCAUCUUACCCCAACCCAUACACAAGGAUAGAUGCUUCCAUGAUGAUUGCUGAGUUGGUUAAGGAGUGCGGACCCGUGGUGCAGAAUAACCUGUGCGAUUAUUCAUUCUCUCCCACCAAUACAACAUUCUCAGUGGUCCAGGACUUCCCCGUUGCCCCAAUAGGAUCAGGUUUACGAACAGCAUUGUGGCAACUUGCGUUAGCUUUGUUGUUCAAAGGGGUGAUCACUGUGUUCACGUUCGGACUUAAGGUACCAACUGGUUUGUUUAUACCCAGUAUGGGAGUUGGAGCAAUCAUGGGAAGGCUUAUAGGGGUUGGGGUUGAACAAUUGGUAUAUAUGUAUCCUGACUGUGUGUUAUGGAAUACAAGCUGCCAUGCAGGGCAUAGUUGCGUUACACCAGGGUUGUACGCCAUGGUGGGUGCUGCUGCUACAUUAGGUGGUGUAACUCGUAUGACGGUGUCUCUCGUUGUUAUAAUGUUUGAACUAACUGGUGGAUUGCAAUAUAUCGUCCCACUUAUGGCAGCAGCUAUGUUUAGUAAAUGGGUGGGCGAUGCGUUUGGUAACGAAGGUAUAUAUGAUGGACAUAUAAGGUUGAAUGGAUAUCCUUUCCUGGAUAAUAAGGAGGAAUUCACGCACACUACACUUGCCACUGACGUGAUGCGACCCCGCAGAGGCGACAAUCCACUCACUGUAGUUGUACAGGAAGGCAUGUCAGUGGAAGAUCUUGAAACACUGGUUCGAACGACCAACUUUAAUGGUUUCCCCGUCAUAACAUCACAUGAUACACAACAGUUGGUGGGAUAUCUAUAUAGGAGGGAUCUCAUUCUUGCUCUGGAGAACGCCCACCAACAUAAUGACAACGUCCUCAGCAACUCCCCUGUAUAUUUCACCCUGCAUGCCCCAACCCCCUCUCUAUCCAAUACAAACGACCCAUCCCCUGUAAGGUUGUUCAAUAUUGUGGAUCUAAGCCCGAUCACAGUGACCGACCACACACCAAUGGAGAUUGUGGUCGAAAUAUUCUCAAAGCUAGGUAUCCGGCAAGCUCUGGUCACACAUAACGGGAAGCUGCUAGGCAUCAUCACUAAGAAAGAUGUUCUACGUCAUAUUGCACAACUGAACAAGCAGGACCCAGACUCCAUAUUGUUCAACUAAGACUCGCACAUCACAAUGUAUAAUACUGUGGGGUAAGAUGGAUUCUGUUGCCACAUAAUAUCUUUUAUAAUCAUGUUUUACAAAUCAACAAUGUUUUUUCGCGGACUACGGUAUUAUACAUAUGCAAAUAUUCUUUGUUUAUCAAAUAUGAUGAUAAAAUGGAAACAUGGACCAUCUUACCCCACCCUAUACCACAUUAAUGCCUCAUAUUGAGUGUUAACUGUAUAAGGUUGCCAUAGAAAUUAGGCGUGCAAUAUGUUUUGUGUUUGUAUGCUUCAUGUGUGUGUGUUUGGUUGAAAAAAAUCUACACACGGCAUUGUUCAGCGCAGGUCAGCGUAGAUAUUGUUUUGUAGAUAGACCUUACACACUGACUGUAACUAUAUUGUUGUAAACCUAACUAUAAUAUUGUAAACCUUUACUGUUUUAUUACAUUAUCAUAUUAUAUGUAGCACAACUCAAUAAACACUCAUCUAAAUUAA